AUGCUGUCGGGGAUUCUGAUCUUUAACCAAAAGGGCGAAAACCUGAUUUUCCGGGCGUUCCGCAACGACUGCCGACCUCGCCUGGCCGACGUGUUCCGCAUCCAGGUCAUCAGCAACGCCCAGGUGCGCUCCCCCAUCCUCACGCUCGGCAGCACCACCUUCAGCCAUGUCAAGCACGAAAACAUCUACCUCGUCGCCAUUACCAAGAGCAACGCCAAUGCCGCCCUAGUCUUCGAGUUCCUUUACCGCCUCAUCCAGCUUGGCCGCGGCUACUUUGGCAAGUUCGACGAGGAGGCCGUCAAGAACAACUUCGUGCUAGUCUACGAGCUUCUCGAUGAGAUCAUCGACUUUGGCUACCCCCAGAACACCGAGACCGACACGCUCAAGAUGUACAUCACGACCGAGGGCGUCAAGUCGGAGCGCGCCGCCGAGGAGUCGGCCAAGAUCACCAUGCAGGCUACGGGGGCGCUCUCGUGGCGCAAGGCCGACGUCAAGUACCGCAAGAACGAAGCCUUUGUCGACGUGAUCGAGGAUGUCAACUUGCUGAUGAGCGCGACCGGCUCCGUCCUGCGCGCCGACGUCACGGGCCAAAUCAUCAUGCGCGCGUACCUCAGCGGGACGCCAGAGUGCAAGUUUGGCCUCAACGACCGCCUGCUGCUCGACAACGACGGCCUACUGAGCCUGCCGAGCGGCAACCGCAUGGGGAGCAAGGCAACUAAGGCGGCCGCCGGGAGCGUCACGCUCGAGGACUGCCAGUUUCACCAGUGUGUCAAGUUGGGCAAGUUCGACAGCGACCGCAUCAUCAGCUUCGUGCCGCCCGACGGCGAGUUCGAGCUCAUGCGCUACCGCGCCACGGAAAACGUCAACCUGCCCUUCAAGGUGCACGCCAUUGUCAACGAGGUGGGCAAGACAAAGGUCGAGUACAGCAUCGGCGUGCGCGCAAACUUUGGCUCCAAGCUCUUCGCCACAAACGUCAUUGUCCGCAUCCCCACACCGCUCAACACUGCUAGGAUCACGGAGCGCUGUACCCAGGGCAAGGCCAAGUACGAGCCGGCUGAGAACAACAUUGUGUGGAAGAUUGGCCGGUUCACGGGCCAGAGCGAGUUCGUGCUGAGUGCCGAGGCCGAGCUGACGAGCAUGACUAACCAAAAGGCCUGGAGCCGGCCGCCCCUGAGCAUGAACUUUAGUCUCUUGAUGUUCACGAGCUCUGGCCUGCUGGUACGGUACCUCAAGGUGUUUGAGAAGAGCAACUAUUCGAGCGUGAAAUGGGUGAGGUAUAUGACCAAGGCUGGAAGCUAUGAAAUUAGGUGA